AUGGUGGACCACUUGCUUCCAGUGGACGAGACCUUCUCGUCAACAAAAUGCCCAGCUGGUUAUCUGGGUGACCGACUGGCUGGCCAGCGGGCAUACCACAUGUUGCCCUCGCCACUUUCAGAAGAUGACAGCGACUCCUCCAGCUUUUGUUCCUGUGCCAGCCCUGACUCACAAGCCCUCUAUUCCUGCUACAGUGGCAGUGCAGGCACCAAGGGCCAGGACAGCAUCUUGGACUUCCUGCUCUCCCGCGCUACACUGAGUGGUGGCAGCAGCAUAGGGGUCAGCAACAGCCCUGUGGCCUGGGGGUCCUGGCGGAGGGCACCAGCUUCUGUAAAGGGUGAGCAUUUCUGCUUCUCCGAGUUUUCUGUGGGUGACCCUGAUGAUGUCCCGAGGCCCUUCCAGCCCACCCUGGAGGAGAUAGAAGAAUUCCUGGAGGAGAACAUGGAGCCAGAGGUCAAGGAGGCACCAGAGAGCAGCAGCAAGAACUUUGAGGCUUGUGGUCAGCUCUCAGCUGGGCAGCCUAGAAACCACCUGCAUCUUGGGUCUGGUGGGAAGGAGCGCUGCAUCCCCCUGCCAGGCGGCCCCAGCACCAGCAGUACUCAGAGCCCAGGUGGUGGGCCCAUCUCUGAGGGCCCCAUCCCAGUGCUGCUGCAGAUCCAACCAGUGCCAGUCAAGCAGGAGGCAGGCACUGGGCCAGUCUCCCCCGGGCAGCCCCCAGAGAGUGUCAAAGUGGCCCAGCUCCUGGUCAAUAUCCAGGGGCAGACCUUCGCCCUCGUGCCCCAGGUAGUGCCCUCCUCCAACUUGAACCUGCCUUCCAAGUUUGUGCGCAUUGCCCCUGUGCCAAUCGCUGCUAAGCCCAUUGGGUCAGGACCCUUGGGCCAAGGCCCUGCCAGCCUCCUUGUGGGCCAGAAGUUCCCCAAGAACCCUUCAGCAGAACUCAUCAAGAUGCACAAAUGCACUUUCCCUGGCUGCAGCAAGAUGUACACCAAAAGCAGCCACCUCAAGGCGCACCUGCGCCGGCACACAGGCGAGAAGCCCUUCGCCUGCACCUGGCCAGGCUGUGGCUGGAGGUUUUCACGGUCUGAUGAGCUGUCACGACACCGGCGCUCUCAUUCUGGCGUGAAGCCCUACCAGUGCCCCGUGUGCGAGAAGAAGUUCGCCCGCAGCGACCACCUCUCCAAGCACAUCAAGGUGCACCGCUUUCCGCGCAGUAGUCGAGUGGGGCGCGCAGCGAACUGA